ACGAAGACGGUGAAUUAGACUUUGACAACGAUGAGGAGGAAGUUAUUGCUGAAGAAGACGACGCCGAUUUCAAUUUUACGGACGUGGUUGCCGAAAAAGAUCGUAAAAAAAGUUACGAAGUGGAAUUCAAAGUUCACUCUGUUCAAGGUAUUGUCAAGAACCAAGACGAAGAAGUUACUCAUGUGUCUAAUAUUCUUGGUAUCCAAAAGCAACAUGCUGCGACAUUACUUCGUCAUUUUUGUUGGAAUAAAGAAAGACUUAUCGAGAGAUAUAUGGAUGAUCCAAAAGAUGUCCUGCAUAAAGCUGGUGUCAUAACUGAUGAUUCUAUGAUUCCAAAGUUCGUAAAGGUUCCAGGUUUUGUAUGUGAAAUUUGCUGCGAUGAUGAAGGUAUAGAAACUUUGGCUCUGUCAUGUGGUCAUCGAUUUUGUCGAAGUUGUUACGAACAUUACUUGACACAAAAGAUCAAGGAGGAAGGUGAAAGUCGUAGGAUAUCGUGUAUGGCCAAUGGUUGUAAUGUUAUCGUGGAUGAAAAAACGGUUGAAUUAGCAGUUAACAAUGAAAUACACGAAAGAUAUCGUACAUUACUAAAUCGAACAUACGUAGAUGAUAACGAAUCUUUAAGAUGGUGCCCUGCUCCUAGCUGUGAAUAUGCGAUCGAAUGCCAUGUACCACAAGCUUCUCUCACAAGUAUUGUACCAACAGUCGAAUGUUCAUGUAGUCACCGAUUCUGCUUCGGUUGCAGUUUACCUGAUCAUCAACCAUCGAUUUGUACGCUUGUUAAAAGAUGGAUCAAAAAAUGUGAGGAUGAUUCAGAAACAGCUAAUUGGAUCUCUGCACAUACAAAAGAAUGUGGGAAAUGUCAUUCUACCAUUGAAAAAAAUGGUGGAUGUAACCAUAUGACCUGUCGCAAAUGUAAGUACGAAUUUUGCUGGGUCUGUAUGGGACCAUGGUCAGAACAUGGUACCAGUUGGUAUAAUUGUAAUCGUUAUGAUGAAAGGAGUAGUCAGGAUGCUAGAGAUCAGCAAGCAAAAUCUCGUGCAUCCUUGGAACGAUAUCUUCACCUUGAUCGUGAACUUUAUAAUAAGACUGAAAAGAAGAUGGAGGAAAUGCAACAAACAUCUGAUUUAUCUUGGAUUGAAGUUCAAUUCCUUAGAAAAGCUGUUGAUACCCUUGUGCAAUGUCGUAUGACACUUAAAUGGACAUACGCAUUUGCAUUUUAUCUCGCUCGUAACAAUCAUACAGAAAUGUUUGAGGACAAUCAACGUGACCUUGAAAUGGCCGUUGAACAACUUUCAGAAUUAUUGGAAAAACCUAUUGAACCAGAAAAAAUUAGUGAAUUGAAAGAACAAGUCUUGAAUAAAACUGUUUAUGUUUUGAAUCGUAGAGAGGUAUUAUUAGAUGAUACCGCUAAAGGAUUGCUUGAAGAACGAUGGGAAUAUCAGGUAGAUAUCACGAGCUAA